ACGGCUAUAUCGAACCACCGGGAUCGACUGGAGCAAUUGAGCAUAUAGGGACGAGAGGUCGAUGCCAAUUGAGUGAUUACGACAAGCAAGAGCAUUCAGUAUGGGCCAAUUGACUUAUUUCCAAGUCCAUCUUCUAUUCACGUUACCCCCCCUCCUCCUCCUCCAACUCCUCUACCAACCCCUCCGCACCCCGCAAGACACAAUCAAAUGGUCCUUCCUCAUCCUCAUCGCAGUCAUCUACACCACACCCUGGGACAACUACAUCAUCUACCACGACGCAUGGUGGUAUUGUCCUACGUGUGUCGUUGGCACGAUUGGGUGGGUACCGAUUGAGGAGUAUCUGUUUUUUGUGGUGCAGACGUGGGGUGUUGGGACGUUGUUUUCGUUGUUGACGAGGGUUGAGCGGUUACCGAUUUUGGAUGUGAGGCCGAUGGGGAACAGUGUUAGGGUGGUGCCGUGUGCGGUGUUACUCGCGUUCGGAGCGUGGGCGUACUCGUUGGCAAUCCCAGGCGAGAAAACGUUUUAUAUGGCCUGCAUCGUCGCCUGGAUCUCCCCCGUCCUCGCAUUCCUCUGGUACCUCUCAGCCUCUUACACCCUCCGCAGACCUCUCUCAUUCAUCCUCUCACUCACCCUUCCUACGGUUUAUCUGUGGGUUGUCGAUACGGUCGCAAUGAGAGCGGGCGUGUGGCAUAUUAGCGAAAGGACGAGCUUGGAGUGGGAGGUGUGGAGGGGGAUGCCAGUUGAGGAAGCGGUGUUCUUUGCGGUGACGACGGGGGUUGUGGUACUUGGGUGUAGUGCGUUCGACCUUGCAGCUGCUUUACUACACACCUACGCUGAUGUCGCACCUGCACUCAAGGGCGUCGAUACCACUCCCUCAUUCUCCCUCUCUUAUUUCGGCGCGUUGGUUCGAGCACUCUUGACGCAUGAAUUUGGGCAAUUGGAUGAGUUACUCGUGGAUGAUAUCGCUUCCUCGAUAGAUAUUCUUCGGGAAGCGUCUUCGUCAUUCUACACUUCUUCCUUCGUCUUUGGACCGGAGAUGAGGCAGAAUCUCUGCGUUGUGUACGCGUUUUGUCGCGUUACGGAUGAUGUUGCUGAUGAAGCCUCGCACGGGACUGUCGAGGAGCGGAAGAAGAAGUUGGGGGAGAUGAAGAGGUGGGUUGCCGACACGUUUCCUUCCAGAGAAGAGCUGGAGGUAGGGGAGGUCAAGAAGAUAGAGGGUGAGGUGAAGCAUGAGAAUCCAGCCUUCCGGACCCUGGGACGCCUACUUCGGACCAAAAUUCCAAAAGAGCCUUUAUUGGAACUCUUCCAAGGCUACGAAUGGGAUUUAGAAGGCAAACGCAAAGUCCACACCGAAUCCGACCUCCUCAAAUACUCCUCCUACGUCGCAUCCACCGUCGCCGAAAUCUGCGUCUGGCUCAUGCUACCCAACACCAACGAAAGCUGUGGUCCCAUGCCACGGGCGGAAGUCAUGCAGAAAGCGCGCGAAAUGGGGUUGGUGUUGCAAUUGGUCAAUAUAUCCCGCGACAUUCUGACAGAUGCAGCAAUGGGUCGGUGUUACGUACCCUUUACCUAUACCUCCCCCGGCGAACUCCCUGAACUCCUUGCACUCGCGUCCCAUAACCCACCCGGUCCCGCACUCGAACGCGUCGUGCGGCAGAAUGGGUUAGCGGGACGGUGUAAGAGUUGGGGCGAGGAUUGGGAGGUGGAAGCGGUUGUGGAUUGUUGUGAAAGCGAUAUAUCGGCCGGAGAUUUCGGUGGCUGAGUGGGGGAUGGGGUGGAAGGGCGUGGGGAGUGUGGGAGGGAUGAUGUGGGCGGCUGGGGUCAUGAG